AUGCUGGAACUGAGUACUGUCGUCGCCAUCGCCGCCUCGGGCGCGGCCAUCUUUGUUGUUUUGUCGGUGGUGGGAAUCGUGGUCUGGGUCAGAGUUCGCAAGGAGCGACAUGCGCUGAGAAUCUAUGGUCUCAGAAAGGGGCAAUAUGCCCACAGCAUCCACACCUUCACUGGUAACACUCUGACCGAGCUUUCACACGAAGAAGGAAAUGUCCUCGGGACGCAUGGACAGUUACCUUACGGCAAACCAGGAGAAUGGGGCCAACUGACCUCGCGAGAAAGUCUGGUACGGAAGAACACCUCGGAUUUCCCUUUGAUACAAAAGGCACGAUCAUUGCGCCAUUCAAUCUCCCGGUCCCGUUCAAGGCGACUAUCAAGAUUCUCCAAGCAUAGCCGGUUGAGCUCGAUGGCCACAGUGGAUGAAACGGUCAUUCACCAACCGAUUAGCCCUCCUCGGAUCUCCAGAGAUGAAAUCCCUCUUUCUGCUGUUGAAGGAGCGCUUGAGUUGCCAACAGAGCGUACGCCCAGGCAGACACCGGAGAUCAAUCAAGAUGAUGUCGGUUUCCAUUUAGGUAUGCGGCCAGUAUCCCCAGGCUGGCCUUUUCCCAGCCAGAAGGAACGAUGUGGUCUUGGUCCAUUGCUAGAAGACCGUAACUCUCGUGAUAUGUACGAUCCGCCACGGAGAAUAUUUGAGGAGUCACCGCAACGAACUCGCGGUAACAGCAUCUGCAGUCAAUCAGCAGGUCUUGCACCCGAUGACCCAAUUCCACCACCUCCGCCACCAGCCGCGUUUCCGGUGGAUAGAAUGAGUUACGCUAGGAACGAUUCAGUGAUGCGCCUAUCUUCCAUGAGUCUUGAUACCACAAACAGCUCGAUUCUCGACGAUGGCAGGAACGGCCUGGACCGGAACUCGCCUAUUGCCCCAUCUGGCGGCACCUUUGUGCCAUUCAGUGCCAAUGACGUUGGAAAGAAAGAUGGGCGGCGAAGCUUCAUUUCCGCCAGUACCAACAUUGCCAUGCCACCACUGCAGAGCUUCCCCGCCCGCUCUUCCUCGACUGCGGAGGCUCGAAGGAAGUCCUCUUUGGAUUGGAUGGCGCCUCGACGCAGUAUGACCACGACCUCCCGAAACCCUAGCAACUCAAGCCACCGUUUGAGCGGCCCUCCAUGUCGGAGCGAUUCCCUGUCAUCCAAGGCACCUUCCAGGAACACCUCAUUCCGAAGUGGGACUCCCGGGUCAUUGAAGGGGUUUCAAAUGAUAAACCCUGUCAACUGGAGGUCGUCUGGGUCACAAAGCGCCUACGUUCCCCACUUCAGCCAGUUCCAACAACCGCCAUCCUAUGAGAACGAGCCGCAGAAUGAUCCCUUCUAUGGCGGUUCUCCCCAGUCGACCGGAACCCUGUUCUCCAUUGGAUCUCCGGGGCGAACCGCGACCUCGUCGAUGCCCCCGAGCCCUAUGCAACGCUCUAGUCUGUCCCAGCGAGGCCCUAUGGUUUCUGCUUUGAAGACUCCUAAGUCGCAGCGCAAAGGUCAUAGACGCCAGAACUGCGUGCGUAUCUCGAUCCACCCUCCUAUGACAUUCGCUGGUCCUACCUUCUCCCCCACGGUGGAGGAAGAGCCCGAGGAUAUCGAUCAGAUGGAAGAGGUGGAUCUGCGCGAAAGCAACAUGAGUGGAAAGUCACUGCCUGUUCUACCAGCCAACGCGUCGUCGCCCCUUCCUCUCUCCAAGCGAAGCAGCAGACGCAACAAGGCCCAGCCAAGUACACUGGGCCCUCUUGCAGAGGAGCCGCAAUCUCAAAUCAACAAAAGCCCCUCGAAAAGAAAGAAUGCUCCAAAUGAUACCUCAGUACAAGGCCCUCUCGCAAGCAAGAACCGUGAGCUGCCUGGUCUUGUUACCUCUCUACCUCCAGUCACGGAUGGGACUCUCACCCACACGCCCUCCCCAUCAAGAAUCACUCCUAUUUGGGAGCUCCCUGAAGCCCCAUCGCCAUUUUGCGAUAACACCCCUGGUACUGGAAGUCCACGUCGUUCUGGCGUCAAGGGCCCACGCAGCCAACCCCAAACGCCCAAAUCUACGCGCAGCAACCCAGCACGCUCUCCACCCAAGGCCUCCGUAGACCCAUUCGUCGGACCCGGCUUGGCCGGUGGCUUGCCUCUAAUCACAGGCACUCAAGGUAGUGACUGGCGUAAAUCAACAGACUCCCUGCAUCACACUACCCCUGACGCUGGUGAUCGCUCACUUCGACGCAGUUCUGACUUACCAAGCCCCUUGGUCGGUGGCCUUGGCCCCCUUCCCGCAUCCCCAAUGUACGGUAUCCGAACCAACAAGGGCAACUCAACGGUGCGGGAUCGCGUAACUAUCUGGGAAGAUGCCAACCGUGGAGGCUCACCACCCAAGCCCUCGGCUGCGAACCUCGCUGGAAGAUACGCAUUCUCCGAUAAUACCUCGCCAACACACGCCAAGAGCAACACGCCUCGAUCCCUUUGCAAGAACAGUUCUCCUACCCGACUGAACGGCCAACAGAUUGCUCCCACGCCUGCCUCUGCACGACGAGGCAUGACAACACCAAUUGGGAAGAGUGUUGGUUUAGGAGUCGUGGCCGCCACCCCGGUCAGCUUGUACGAUGGUGAGGGAUUCUUCAGAGAGUAA